UAGGUAGGUACGAAUCGCGUAUUCUUCGUCUGCGGCCCUCUUCCUGCUUAAGUGCUAAACGCUCUUUCUCUCUCUCUCCAUGUCUCCGUUCAUCUCAUUCGUCAAUUAAUAACACAAAGCAACAAGCAAACAAACCUCACUUUCUCUCUCUCUCUCUCUAUCUAACUCCAACAAACAAACCCCUUCUCUCUCCACCACCUCUACUUUCUCUCUCUAGGGUUUCGUCGCGAAUUCUCACUCUCGCUCCUCUGCUAACCACGUUUGUAGGGUUCCAAUCCUCGCGCGAAUUGCAUCACAGUCUGUGAUCAACCGAGUUUUGAGUCUUCUCCUUCCUCGUCGAUUGCUUCCUCGGUGUUGUUGCUCCUAGGAGCUUGGAGGAUGUGAGAGAAAACGAAGCAAGGCUAAAGGAUUGUUGUAAUCACUGACACACAAACCAAAUGUUGCUGUAGGGUGUUGAGGUUUAUACCGUGGUGGGUGAAUGUUGUUGCUUGAUGCUUGAUGAUAGUUUCUAUGGACUUGAAUGCCUCGCCAGUUCCAGAGGAAGAUGAAGAUAUCUUUGAGGAGAAGAUACAUGUUGAAGAGUUUCAUGAACCUGAAGAACGCAUAGAAACUGGAGCUGAUAUAGCACGCCGGGAGCGUGAAGAAAGAAAGAGACGGUUGAAGAGAGAACGACCGGAUGAUAGACCUGUACAUGUGUCACAAUCACCUGGAUAUGAUCAGCUAUUUCAUACCAAGAAUCAAAGAUCAUAUGAUAAAAGCAGGCUUCCUCCUGGGUGGUUGGAUUGCCCUUCAUCUGGCCAGGAAAUUUGUUGCAUGAUACCUUCUAAGGUUCCACUUGGUGAAUCGUUCAAUGACUGCAUUCCUCCUGGUAAAAGAUACUCAUUUAAACAAGUGAUACAUCAACAGAGAGUUUUAGGGAGAAAACUUGGUCUGGUGAUUGAUUUGACAAAUACCACUCGAUACUAUCCUGUGUCAGAUUUAAAAAAAGAGUGCAUCAAGCAUGUUAAGAUUCAAUGCAGGGGGCGAGAUUCUGUACCUGAUAAUUUAUCUGUGAACCAGUUUGUCUAUGAGGUUACACAAUUUUUGUCACGUCAAAAGCACUCAAAAAAGUAUAUACUUGUUCAUUGUACACAUGGGCAUAAUCGUACAGGAUACAUGAUCAUCCACUAUCUAAUGCGUGCUAUGUCAAUGUCUGUUACUCAGGCAAUAAAAAUAUUUUCUGAAGCUCGCCCUCCAGGAAUCUACAAACCUGAUUACAUUGAUGCAUUGUACUCAUUUUAUCAUGAGAAAAAACCUGAAAUGGUAGUUUGUCCUCCUACUCCGGAGUGGAAGAGAUCUUCUGAAUUUGAUCUCAAUGGUGAAGCUGUUCCAGAUGAUGAUGAUGAUGGAGUACCAGGCCCUGAUUUGCACGAGAACCAUGAGACAGACACACGAAUGACAAAUGAUGAUGUUUUAGGAGAUGAGAUACCUACUGAUCAGCAGGAUGCAUUGCGUCAGUUCUGUUAUCAAACGCUUAAAUUGGGUGUUGGGGCCAGGGGACACACACAAUUUCCAGGUUCACACCCAGUUUCUCUCAACAGGGAUAAUUUGCAAUUGUUACGACAACGCUAUUAUUAUGCAACAUGGAAAGCAGAUGGUACAAGAUAUAUGAUGCUAAUAACAAUGGAUGGAUGUUACUUGAUUGAUAGAAGUUUUAAUUUUCGAAGGGUCCAAAUGAGGUUUCCUUGCAGAAGUACAAAUGAUGGUUUGGGCGAGAAGACCCACCACUUCACAUUACUUGAUGGUGAGAUGGUUAUUGAUACAUUGCCAGAUUCACAGAAGCAGGAGAGAAGAUACCUUAUAUAUGAUCUGAUGGCAAUCAACCAAGUAUCAGUAAUAGAGCGUCCCUUCUAUGAACGGUGGAAGAUGCUUGAGAAAGAAGUGAUUGAACCUAGGAAUCACGAACGACACCAUAUAUAUCAGAGCAGAAAUCCUUACUAUAGAUAUGAUCUGGAACCAUUCAGGGUGAGGAGGAAAGACUUUUGGUUGCUCUCUACUGUCACAAAGCUUUUAAAGGAAUUCAUUAAAAGACUCUCACAUGAGGCAGAUGGUCUCAUAUUUCAGGGUUGGGAUGAUCCUUAUAUACCUCGUACUCAUGAAGGACUAUUGAAGUGGAAAUAUGCUUAUCUGAAUUCAGUUGAUUUUCUUUUCGAGGUUGAUGGUGAUCGUGAGCUACUUUUUCUCUAUGAACGGGGAAAGAAGAAACUCUUGGAAGGGAAUAGGGUUGAAUUCACAGAUGGUUCAGAUCCCUCACUUUAUUCUGGAAAGAUAAUUGAAUGUUCUUGGGAUUUUGACAAACUGGAAUGGAAGUUUAUGCGAAUCAGAACAGACAAAUCAACUCCGAAUGAGUUUAAUACUUACAGGAAGGUCAUGCGAAGCAUAAGAGACAACAUCACCGAGGAAGAUUUGUUGAAUGAAAUAAGUGAGAUAAUUCGCCUUCCCAUGUAUGCUGACAGGAUCAGAAUUGAUAGUAAAGCGAAUCAGCAUGCUAAUGUCGCAAGGCGAAGGUGAUUUGGUGGUGGUUUAGAUCAGAUCAGGGACUUUUAUGCCUUCAAUCUUUACAUUGGUGGUAGUGGGUGACAUCAAGUGAAAACAAGAUUUCGUGUAUACCCCGAUACUUGUCUCUGGGAUUUGAAUGAAAUUGUAUUGGUUUUGGCUAUGUAUUUUGGCCAUCAUCCAAAAGUUGCUUAUAUUAUGUAGUUAGUUAGUCCUUGCGGUAAGUAUUGCUGUGCUGCUGAGCUGUAUGGUGCAGUUAGUACGGCUCAAAUUCCGGCUUGAAUCCAUUUACUAUGGUUGUCCAGAUCAAGAGAGUUAGGUUUAGAAUCUCAAAUCUCAAUGUAUAUUAUCAAUUUUCUUUUAGUGAUUCUAAGUUGUUCAAAGGGUAGCCGUUUCUUAGAGUCAAGUUCCAUUACAUGGGUAGAAUUUCCCCUGUAUGUGAAUAUUAAUUUUAGUAGUAACAAGCCUUCCAUUCUCUCUAAUGUUUUGUGGAUGUGGAAGUGUUAUCAUGCGUUUAGGCUGUGUCAUCAGUGCCUGAAUCAGAUUUGUUACUUAGCACGUUUGAUGGUAGCCCAAUCACUGCUACUCGUUCUAUUAGUAGCUCUGGAAAUCUACCAUGUUGUUGUUCUGGAAGGAUGUGAAGGGAGGCAAUUGUGUGAACUGUUUGACAGUGGUGAAAAUGUUUAAGGUUUAGAUAAAUGGGUGUGGAAAAGAAACCAGUGUUAAUUUGCUAGCCUCAUUUUCAUGAUGAACGACUAAGUUAAGAAUAUUUACAAACACCAAACCCCAUGUAACAGUGAAAUUUCAUUUUUUUUCAA